GGAUAGACCGGAUGGAGGAGUAUCAUAAGUACGUGGAAAAGGUCAAAGCUACGGGGGACAUCGUGGACUUUCUGAAUUCACUGCUUACUGCGAAGGAUUCCUUCCAGGAUCCAAUUGUUACUGGUCCCAAUGACAAACCGGUCAGGUUUGAGUUGUUCAGCAAGAAGAGUGUGUUGCUGAUUAUUUCGCAUCUAAAGAUCUCUAUGGAUGACAUUGAGACUCUCAGGAUCAUUUAUGAAGAUCCUCAACGCCUUCGAAAAAGCCCUAAAGAGGACGACCAGGAAGAUGGUAAUAACCCUAUUCAAACCGAGAAGGAGACGCUCUAUGAGCUUGUUUGGAUCCCUAUUGUGGAUGGAAGGCUCAAGGACUGGGAAGCACUGCCAAAUUUGAAGUCUCUGAUGCCAUGGGCUUAUAGGGUAGAUCCACAGAGAAUGAACACGUGGGCACCUAAGUAUAUCAAGGAAGAGUGGCAUUUCAAGCGAGAAACCAUGGUUGUGGUGCUGGACUCGCAUGGUCGGGUGGAGAACACAGAUGCCAUGCCCAUGCUCCGGAUAUGGGGGACGAACGCUUUCCCUUACACAGGGAAUGAAUUCACCCAUCCCUGGAUGGGCAUAUGGAGUUGGGUUCAGCUAGUAUUGAGAGAGCUGGUAGUCCAGCAUGGGACAUCGGAUGCGGCUAAGGAUGAGUACAUAUUGUUUUGGGGACCUCCUGCUGUGGAGGUAGCCGCAGCUGAUGCCGGCGGCGGAGUUCCUAGUAUUAGGGAAAUUCCCAUUGAGGACAUGAGGCGCUUCCGCACCCUCUUAAGGAGUUGCCUGAUCUGUAGGUUGCAAGCUGUGCAAAUCCUGAAAAUUGAGAGCAACCCGUUGCGUGAUCGCAUGGUAUAUGAGAUGAGUGAAGCAUACAAGGCCUGUCAAAGAGGCGGGGUUGCAAUCCUCACCAAGGGGCCUGAUCUGCAGGUGCAGCAUGUAGGCCUUUUGAGCGAUAUAGAAAUGGCGACGGAACAGGUUGCCGAGUUUUGGUGGACGGCUCUUGCAGAAGGUUUCGAGAAGAAGUAUAAAGACGCUCAAGGACAGUCCAUGUGCCUGCACGCCUACGUCCCACAUUAUACCGAUCUCGAGGAUUUGUACUGCCCUGUCUGUGGCCGAUUCAUGAGAUACGAUCUUUGCCUCAUGUGUUGCCAUUCCGAUUCCGACUGAAGGGGGCUCGCAACGCGCGGAGCCCUUCGCUGGCGCUAACACUAAAGUAACAAGCUUCAGUUUGAAGCAUGUUUGGUUGUGUGGAGUGUAUAAGGUGUGACAAGUGUGUUUUACAAGUGUGGUGUGUUAAUAUUAGCCUCUUUGAUCACAAGAGAGCUAACUGGUAUUUACUUUCAUAUGCUUGUAAUGCGCCUGUGCUUC